AUGGACGAAAUCAAAGAGCAAACGAAAAGCAUCCCGAACCUCACCCAAGAGACCCACGAUCGAUGGUUUCGACAAAUGAAAAUACAAUUGAAAGGAAAGGAUUGGUUCUAUACGAUUGAGUCUACAUUGCAAGAGCAUGCUAAGGUUGGAGGAGUUGGGAUGGAAGUCGAUGGUACCGAAGUUUUCCCGAUCCUCGAAGGAAGCAAAGUCGUGAACAUCAGGCUUAACCUCGAUAAGAAGGCCAAAUAUUUGAAAGAUGAAGCUAGUGCACUAUCGUACAUGUGCAGAUCACUCAGUGACGACGAUGAAGCGCUUGUUGAUGAGUACGAUACAGCACGAACAUUAUGGAACUACCUGAAGUCAAAGUACUCAAGAACUAGUGAUAUCACAGCCAAUUCGUACUUAACAAUGAUCCAAACAUUUACCUUCAAGCCUACUAGCCAUCCAGAGAUGACCGUUAUUGAAGCCUGGGAUAAACUGAAAGAAUACCGACGCAAGCUUGGUGCUGCCAACCCCGCAUUCAAGGAUUCAUACAGAGACGAAGCUCUAUUUUUAGUUCUGACUAGAAGCCUACCAAGCGAAUACCAAACAACAAUCGAUGCUAUGAGCGUUCAAAGCACGCUAGCAGUGGAAGACAAGAUCAAAUAUCUCACAGCUAAAGAACUCAGCAUUCAAGAGACAGAACAAGCCCAUACUGCUAGCGGAAAGUACGUAAUCCCAAAUCGACGAGGAGAACGCAGAGGAUCAAGCCCAUUUGCAAAGCAAGAACAAGACGAUGAAGCCAAAACCUAUGUUUGCCACCUGUGUGAGCACGAAGGGCACUUUCUACGUGAUUGCAAAGAUCUCACACUCGCACAAGCUCUGAUCCGCAAACACUAUAAAGCCCAGCAACGGAAAGCAACACUUAGAAAGACAACCAAAGUGUCAUUUCCUAAGAAAAGAAGUAAUCAAGCUCAUCUUGCAGAUGGCGAAAGUCUUUUAGUUGAUCUCGAUUCAUCAGAAAGCGAAGAAGAGUCUGAUGACGAAGAGUGCCAUGUCUCUAAAGAACUCAUUCGUAAGACCACCCCUUCUCGUUGGUACGCAGAUACCGGCGCUUCCUCACACAUGUCUGAUCAACUUUCACUCUUUAGAGAUAUCAAGAAGAUAAAGAGAAAGACGAUAAAAGUUGGUGGGGGAGUUAUGUACUGUGAUCGGAUAGGUACUGCUGCAAUGGAGCUAGGAAAUGGUGGUAUGGUUUUACUCUCAAAGACGUUGUAUGUACCGGGAUUAGGAGUCAAUCUCCUCUCCGGCAAGAAGAUCUGUGAAGCUGGACUCAAGGGCAGGUUCAAUUCAGAUCGAUAUGAAGAUGUCGCUCUACAGAGCACAGAGAUUAUUAGUGAUAUUGAAUCGAACGAGAUCACUCUAGACACCUCCUUAGACAAGAACAAAAAGGAUCUAGAAACUUAUCUACUAUGGCACAGACGAUUUAACCAUCUUGGCCCAGAGAAAAUACGGAAUCUCCAUAAAGUUACUACACUGGGAAAGCCGAUCAAAGUCCCAUCCAAAAUCCCUGUAUGCGAAGUGUGUGCGCUCACCAAGAUGAAGAAUCUAAUCCCAAAACAACUCAGUCCUCACAAGACGAAAAGAUUAGAGCUUAUUCAUUUUGAUAUCGCUGGCCCAUUCCCAAGGUCUUUACGAGGAAACCGCUAUUUCCUAUUGAUCAUAGACAGCUGGACAAGAGUGAAUUGGAUUUUGACCUUGAAGACAAAAGAUGAAGCUAUACCGAGAUUGAAGAAAUGGAAAACCGAAUUAGAACUUGGCAUUGGUGAUGAGAUAGUAGCCGCUCGAACUGAUAAUGCACCAGAGCUAAUCCAAGCCGUUAAGGAGUGGAACUCUGGGACCCGAUCAGAACUGACUACCGUAGCAUCAUCUCAUCAAAAUGGAACUGCUGAAAGAAACAUCGGCACUGCCGAAGCCGAUAUGAGAGCUAUGCUAAAGGAAGCUGGAUUGCCAUUGGAAUUCUGGGACGAAGCUGUUGAAUAUGAUGCACACUGCAGGAAUAGAACGAACACUGGACCGAUCAUUGACGACAGCGUUGUAAGCCCAAUCGAAGCGUUUACUGGAUCAACCCCCGACAUCACCCAUUGUAGAGUCUGGGGGAGCAAGUGUUAUGCAUAUAUCAAUCCAAAGACAAUCCCGAAGGACCAACGGCACGACAAAUUACGAGAUACAGCUCGAGUAGGCAUCUUUAUGGGAUACUCGCACACGACCAAUAAGCAUGUUAAGGUGUACUCGCCAGAGCUAGGCUACACUGUACGAGCAAGCCGAGUGACUAUAGACGAAUCCAAAAAGGGCGGAGACUUAGACCUAAGAAUAAGAAACUCUGUAUCAGGACCCCAAGGUACAAAAAAUAUCAUCCCUGAUAGGAGACCCAGAGGUAGACCUCACAAGGUACAAGAAGUACAAGAAUCCCCACUCGAAUCCUUACAAGAUACUGCUACCCCUGAACCCCCGAAAGUAGUAAUUCCCAGCGCAUCUAAAGUAGACAAUAUCCAGCAAUUCAACGAAGACAGUGAAGGGAAUAUCAUCGAAAUCGAUCCAUCCACGGACCCAAUACUAUCUCCAGGAACAAAAGAGAUAGACAUACUAGAUACUGCACCUGUAACCAAUCAAUCCUCAACCGAAACCUCAACUACACCUAUGGAUAUAGACACCCCUGAAAGAUACUCUUUUCGGAAACGCAAGCGAGACGAUAGUGAGCCAGAUGAGCAUGUCCAGAAACUGAUAAGAGCAAUGAUAGCGAUACUCUCAGCAGACCCUGAUGGAAGUGCUAUCGAACAUGCUAUGAUCUCCAUACCCCUUACAUCUAGGAUCGACCCGAGCGUUAAAACAAAACUAUCCGAAAACCUUCAAGUGAUCUUAGGGAGCUCUACAGACGAGGAUACAGCUUUCCCCGCAGAACAGAUUCUAGGAAUCCCUAUUCCUAACACAUAUAAUCAGGCAGUCUCGGACCCUGAAUAUGGUGAAAAAUGGAAGCGAGCUAUCGAAGAGGAAAUCAGCUCAUUGAUUGCAAAUGGUACCUGGGAAGAGUAUAUUCUGCCGAAAGGAGGGAAUCUUGUUUCAACAAAAUGGGUAUUCACAAUAAAGACGAAGGACAACAAGGUCGAGAGAUUCAAAGCACGGCUGGUAGCAAGAGGGUUUAGUCAAGUUCUCGGAAAAGACUACAAUGAGACCUUCGCUCCUACAGUACGACUCGAUACACUCCGUUUGUUCUUAGCGAUCGUUGCGAAAGAGAACUUGGAAUGCUGGCACUUCGAUAUAAAGAACGCUUUUACAGAAUCUCAUCUCAAGGAAGAAAUAUACCUCGCGCCACCUCAAGGAGUCAAUGUAUCAAAUGGGUACGUUUUACGCGCAUUGAGAAGUUUAUAUGGCCUUAAGCAAGCGGGACGAGAUUGGAGUCAACUUCUAAAGUCCGAAUUGAUCAAUUGGGGCUUCACUCAGAGUCUCGCUGACCCAUGUCUCUAUACAUUCGCCGCUCGCCAACUCAAUUUGCUAGUAUAUGUUGAUGAUAUAAUUGCCUCCUCGACUUCAAAGAAUCAACUCGAUUGGUUCUCUGUAAUACUCUCCUCGCGCUUCAAUGCCAAGAACCUGGGGGAGAUUAGUAAGAUUCUAGGCAUUAGAGUUAUAAGAGAUCGAGCAAACAGAUCACUCACAUUGGACCAAGAAGAGUAUCUGGAAGCUAUGCUAACCAAAUUCGGAAUCUCGCACGCUCAGCACCAUGCUAAGAAGAUACCCGCUGCCGACUACUCAUGUUUACGACCCGCUACUGAAGAUGACGAACUGAUUGAUGUUACUGAAUAUCAACAAGCCAUAGGUAGUCUUAUUCACCCAAUGGUAUACACAAGACCAGACAUCUCCUUCGUACUAGGCCGGCUAUCACAGUACAUGGCAAAGCCAGCAAAAUGCCAUGGGAUAGGAGUAAAGAACCUAAUGCGAUACCUGAGAGCUACGAUCACUCAGAAACUCAAAUAUGGACCUGAGGGAGUACAGUACCAAAUCGCAAAGGAAUACAACCUAUCAGCAGAUACUAUAAAAGUCUUCACUGACGCAGAUUGGGCAAGUGAUCGAUAUGAUCGGAAAAGUAUUUCUGGGGGAGUUGCUAUGUUUUAUGGAGGACCGAUAUCGUGGGCUAGCAAGAAGCAGAAUUCAGUAGCAACGUCAAGUGCUGAGUCCGAAUACAUAUCAAUGGCGAUGUUCACCAAGCAAGGGAGAUGGUUAGCUCAAAUGCUCAAAGACCUUGGAAAGGCGGAAUACGUAUCUACACACGGAGACACUGUUCAGAUACUAGGCGACAAUCAAGGAGCAAUAGCUCUAACCAAGAACCCGCACCUGCAUGAGCGAUCAAAGCAUAUUGAUAUAUGCUACCACUUUAUCAGGGAUCUUACUGAAAAAGAAAAGGUAGUGACUAGCUAUAUCAAUACGUCAGAUAUGGUAGCAGACGGGAUGACCAAACCCCUAGCAAGAGUAGCAUUCGAAAGGUUCAAAGAGAUGCUAGGAUUGAGACAAUAG